AUGGCUGUGGUCCCGUGGCCAAGUGUGCCGAAUCUUGACGAGGACGGUGACAUUGAGUUCCCCGGAGUUGUGCUAUUGAAGCAGCAGCAGGAAACCCAGCAAGAAACCCAUCAGCAUUAUCAUUAUCAACAAAGCGUAUCCGUACCACUGUCGCAGCGAAACUACUUUGGAUCUGAACGAGAAAAACAGGGAGCCAGCCCUUCAGCGUUGAGCAAAGACACAGACGUUGAGGUCAGAAAGCACAGCCUCGACCAUCACGUCAGCCGCGACCUGGACCUGAACUUGACCUUCAGCCUUGACCUCGGUAUCGACCGUGACAUUGACCUUCCAGCGGCUCAGUUUGUCGACGCGGCCGAAUCUGGGAUCCUGACAGAGAACAAUUACAACGCCAUUGCCGGACCGCGGCAACAAGGCGAGACCAAUCCAACGUCAGUGCUCUUCCCAUUCCACCAAGAGCCGCCAGAGCAACAUCAGUUGUUUGCUACGGGAGGAGCGGAUAUAACAACAGCAUCACCAACAGCGGGAGCAGCAGGAGCGUCGGCAGACGUGCACUUUCCGAAUUCCAUCUCAUCAAUCUCCAGCCCCAGCAGCACCGGCACUAGCAGCUCCACCGCCUCCAGUUCCACGUCCCGCCGGUCCAUCCUCUUCCCAUCAGCAGCACCGGCAUCAGGGGAAACACCGCUUGACCACUCCCACGCCCAUUCCCGCUCCCACUCCUUGUCGCUCACCUCACCCCCCCUCCACCCGCGUCCGCAUCCGCACCUGCACACGUACCCGCACCCACGCCACCUGAACAAUACUCGCGCACAUCAGAAGUACCAGAAGAAGUACCAGAAGCCUUACCAGCGUCAGCAACAGGGCCACCACCACCAACACCACUCCCACUCCCCGCAACGAGCUUCUAGAGCUUGCGAGACAUGCCACGCCCGCAAGGUACGAUGCGACGCCGCGAGCCUCGGCGUUCCUUGCACGAACUGCGUCGCCUUCCAGAUAGAAUGUCGCAUUCCGACCCCUAAGCGCAAGAAGACUACCAAUGCCGGAACGAACAAGGACUCGGACAGGUCUGCCUCAGCUUCGCCGUUUCCACAGGCUCUCAAUCAUGGGCUAACUGAGGUGUGCUCCAGCGAGAAAGGAGACAAUGUCGAUGAUCGUUCACCGAGAGCUCCCAGUGUGCCUGCCCCAGGGCCUGGGACUUUCCCGCCGCGGACCCCCGCUGUUUAUCACACCACGGAUGGCACGCCGUCGUCCACCUACACCGAGUCGCAAGCCCGAAAGGAGGAGGUUGACAGUGGCACUUAUCUCAACCUGGUGAUGAAACCCAAGUUCACGAGAGCCCCAAUAACAGAUGCCGGCAGGGUUGCGUAUCUUGGAGAGUCGUCCAAUCUGACGUUGCUCGUACACGAUCGACAAGGCUCGUCAGACGUUGUCCACUACCCUCUACCCGAAAAUGUCAGGGGUUCCAGAGCCCGACUGACCGAGCUGGACAAUGUCGAAAUCGAUAUCCUGCACCAGCGCGGUGCCUUCCUACUACCACCGAGGUCGCUAUGCGAUGAGCUCAUCGACUCCUACUUCAAAUGGAUUCAUCCGAUCGUUCCGGUCAUUAACCGGACCCGCUUCAUGCGACAAUACCGUGAUCCCAAGAACCCCCCGUCCCUUUUGCUUUUGCAGGCUGUGCUGCUGGCCGGCUCAAGAGUCUGCACGAACCCGCAACUAAUGGAUGCCAACGGCUCGACGACGCCCGCUGCCCUGACCUUCUACAAGAGAGCGAAGGCCCUAUACGAUGCCAACUAUGAGGACGAUCGGGUUACCAUUGUGCAGUCAUUACUGUUAAUGGGUUGGUACUGGGAAGGGCCGGAAGAUGUCACCAAGAACGUUUUCUAUUGGAGUCGAGUCGCCACCAUCGUUGCUCAGGGUUCUGGAAUGCAUCGAAGUGUUGAGCAGUCACAACUCAGCCGCUCCGACAAGAGACUAUGGAAAAGAAUCUGGUGGACUCUGUUCACACGAGAUAGGUCUGUUGCCGUCGCUCUCGGCCGACCAGUCCACAUCAACCUCGAUGAUUCCGACGUUGAAAUGCUCACAGAGGAUGACUUCAUCGAGGAUGAUGGCGAUCGUAACAGCGAGUAUCCCCCCGACCCCAUACACGUACAAUUUUUCAUGCAGUACGUCAAACUCUGCGAAAUCAUGGGUCUGGUGCUGUCCCAGCAGUACUCAGUAGCCUCCAAAGGUCGGCAGCGAAACGCUAUCGACUUGACACACAGCGACAUGGCUCUCGCGGACUGGCUUCAAAACUGUCCAAAGAUCGUGUACUGGGAGGUUGCUCGGCAUCACUUCUGGUCAGCCCUGCUGCACUCGAAUUAUUACACGACACUGUGCCUUUUACACAGGGCUCACAUGCCACCGAAUGGAGGCAGUCGUUUUCCUGACGAUUCUCCCUAUCCCUCACGAAACAUCGCAUUUCAAGCCGCGGCUAUGAUUACCUCCAUCAUUGAGAACUUGGCAGCUCACGGCGAACUUCGAUUUUGUCCGGCUUUUGUCGUGUACAGCUUAUUCUCAGCACUCAUCAUGCACGUGUACCAAAUGAGGUCACCGGUCCCAUCGAUCCAGCAGGUGACCCAGGACAGGUUACGAACAUGCAUGCAGGCCCUCAAGGAAGUGUCCCGAGUUUGGCUGGUAGGAAAGAUGGUAUACACCUUGUUUGAGUCCAUCAUAGGAAACAAAGUUCUUGAGGAACGAUUGCAGAAGGCUGCGGGCAAGAGGCAUAGGAAAGCACAGCAGGCGUUGGCGCAGCUCGAGCAGCAACAGCGGCCCCAGGACGUCGCUAAGAGGAAGUACGAUGACAUGGCGAUCGACUUCAGCGUCAACACUCCAACGCCUCAGGAGUCCUACGAAAGAUCACGCCCACAGACCCCCAGCCACAUGAAGGGCGACGGUGGUCCAAAUCAGCAGACGAUGCCACCGCCUAUCACAUCACCCAAUGCGAGACAGAACGCAGACACGUUCAUGGGCGGAACCUCUUCUAGGCCGCAGACCAGGCCAGCUACACCCUUCAACCCUUCAUUCUCUGUGCCGGCCACGCCGCCAGACCUCUACCUUGUUACGCGCAAUUCACCCAAUAUUUCUCAGUCCUUGUGGGAAAAUUUCCAACCCGAUCAGCUUUUCCCAGAUAGCGCAAGUAUGCCGGCGUUUCCACACAUGUCGCCUCCGCUACCGAAUCAACAAGGCAUAGACGCAGGCCUCAUGGCGCAACUGCAGAACACUAACAUGCAAAGUGGUCUACCGGCGCAAAAUACCCAGUUCCAGCCACGAGGCACUAAUAAAACAGGGUUGAGCGGAAGCCCUUCGCAAGGCGCGAAUGUCCUUGGAUCCGGCAUGCAAGGUUUUCAACAGCAGCAACCACAGCAGCAACAACAGUCACAUGGUCAAGGGCAGACCUCCAACAACAAUAACGGUCUCAACAGCAAUCUCUGGACGGCGAAUUUUGACGGAUUGAUGCCGGAUGGUCAAAGCCCAAGUGACAGCUGGAGCACAGGAUCUGCUCAAGGGCAACCUGUCCCAAACACGCUCAAUGUUGAAGAUUGGUUCCAAUUUUUCGGCAUUAAUAACGGCGACCUGGCUAGCAUGAAUCUCGACCUGGGUUUGGGGCCUCAGUAG